AUGUCAAAGGAAAAACCUAGCCACCGCCCCACCCUGCCCUCGCCCACCACUCCCAUCUUUGCCUCACCGCCCCACCCUACCCUCAACCACCACUCCCAUCCUUGCUCCACCGCCCCACCCUACCCUCAACCACUCCCAUCUUUGCCCCACCGCCCCACCCUACCCUCGCCCACCACUCCCAUCCUUGCCCCACCGCCCCACCCUACCCUCAACCACCACUCCCAUCCUUGCUCCACCGCCCCACCCUACCCUCAACCACUCCCAUCUUUGCCCCUCGCCCCACCCUACCCUCAACCACCACUCCCAUCUUUGCCCCACCGCCCCACCCUACCCUCAACCACCACUCCCAUCCUUGCUCCACCGCCCCACCCUACCCUCAACCACUCCCAUCUUUGCCCCACCGCCCCACCCUACCCUCGCCCACCACUCCCAUCCUUGCCCCACCGCCCCACCCUACCCUCAACCACCACUCCCAUCCUUGCUCCACCGCCCCACCCUACCCUCAACCACCACUCCCAUCUUUGCCCCACCGCCCCACCCUACCCUCAACCACUCCCAUCCUUGCUCCACCGCCCCACCCUACCCUCACCCACCACUCCCAUCCUUGCUCCACCGCCCCACCCUACCCUCAACCACCACUCCCAUCUUUGCUCCACCGCCCCACCCUACCCUCAACCACCACUCCCAUCUUUGCCCCACCGCCCCACCCUACCCUCACCCACCACUCCCAUCUUUGCUCCACCGCCCCACCCUACCCUCGCCCACCACUCCCAUCUUUGCUCCACCGCCCCACCCUACCCUCAACCACCACUCCCAUCUUUGCCCCACCGCCCCACCCUACCCUCACCCAUCACUCCCAUCUUUGCUCCACCGCCCCACCCUACCCUCAACCACCACUCCCAUCUUUGCCCCACCGCCCCACCCUACCCUCACCCAUCACUCCCAUCUUUGCUCCACCGCCCCACCCUACCCUCAACCACUCCCAUCUUUGCCCCACCGCCCCACCCUACCCUCACCCAUCACUCCCAUCUUUGCCCCACCGCCCCACCCUACCCUCAACCACUCCCAUCCUUGCUCCACCGCCCCACCCUGCCCUCAACCACUCCCAUCUUUGCCCCACCGCCCCACCCUACCCUCAACCACCACUCCCAUCUUUGCCCCACCGCCCCACCCUACCCUCACCCACCACUCCCAUCUUUGCUCCACCGCCCCACCCUACCCUCAACCACUCCAAACUUUGCCCCACCGCCCCACCCUACCCUCAACCACCACUCCCAUCUUUGCCCCACCGCCCCACCCUACCCUCAACCACUCCCAUCCUUGCCCCACCGCCCCAACCUUAAGGGCCUGUCGCACAACCAAUGUACCUCGCCGGGACGAAACCGGAGAAAAAAUUAA